AGCCCGUGGGGCGGCGUCUGGAAGCGCGGGCGGCCGGCGGCUCCUUCGGCUCUUUCACCGGUGCUGCCGCCUAGGUUUCCCCGCGAGGACGGAGACCCUCCCUGCUUCAGACUUCUCAGGAGACCUGUGCAUUCGCCGCCACAGAGCUUCAGACACUGUGGACUGGAGGCGUCCGAGGAGACGAAGUGAACCUUGUGCAACUCCGAUCUCGCCAGGUUCCCUUUUGAGCAUCGUAGUGGGGCAGGAAUGGAAGAACCCACCUUGCAGCUUUUCUGCAGUGUAGCUUGCCGGAUGUGCGCCUCGGAAUGAACGGGAGACUUACAGUAACCUGCUGAGGUCCUGAAAGCCAGAUGGCAGGAAGAUACCACAGAACCUAAAUUAGCGAUCCUUCAGGAGGCUCCCUGGGUUUCUGGAUGUAAUUGUCGAGAGUGAAAGAGGUGCCCUCUUAGAAAAGCACAACAGUCGUUUGAGAGGGGAAACAUUGACUAUCCACUUUGUCCGAGAUUUUGCAAACGGUUCAAUGUGUUGUACGUUUGAUAUAAGAUGAGAACUUUAUGAAGUAUUCUGUUCAAGAGCCUAAACAAUGACUACCCCAGCCCUGCUGCCCCUGUCUGGACGUAGGAUACCGCCUCUGAACCUGGGGCCACCCUCCUUCCCACAUCACAGGGCUACCUUGAGACUUUCUGAGAAGUUUAUCCUUCUCCUUAUCCUUAGUGCCUUCAUCACCCUGUGUUUUGGGGCAUUCUUCUUCCUUCCAGACUCUUCAAAACACAAACGCUUUGAUCUGGGCUUAGAAGAUGUGUUGAUUCCUCACGUAGAUGCAGGCAAAGGGGCGAAAAACCCUGGAGCCUUCUUGAUCCAUGGACCUGAUGAACACAGACACAGGGAAGAAGAAGAACGUCUUCGAAAUAAAAUUCGAGCUGAUCAUGAAAAGGCUCUGGAAGAAGCAAAAGAAAAAUUAAGAAAGUCAAGAGAGGAAAUUCGUGCAGAAAUUCAGACAGAGAAAAAUAAGGUAGUCCAAGAAAUGAAGACAAAAGAGAACAAGCCACUGCCGCCAGUCCCUGUUCCGAACCUUGUAGGAAUCAAUGGUGGAGACCCAGAAGAUACUGAGAUAAGAAAGAAAAGGGAAAAAAUUAAAGAGAUGAUGAAACAUGCCUGGGAUAAUUACAGAACGUAUGGAUGGGGGCAUAAUGAACUCAAACCUAUUGCACGGAAAGGACACUCCACUAACAUAUUUGGAAGCUCACAAAUGGGUGCUACCAUAGUGGAUGCUUUGGAUACCCUUUAUAUCAUGGGACUUCAUGAUGAAUUCCUAGAUGGGCAAAGGUGGAUUGAAGACAACCUUGAUUUCAGUGUGAAUUCAGAGGUGUCUGUAUUUGAAGUUAACAUUCGAUUUAUUGGAGGCCUGCUUGCAGCGUACUACCUUUCAGGAGAAGAGAUAUUCAAGAUUAAAGCAGUACAAUUGGCUGAGAAACUCCUUCCUGCCUUUAAUACACCUACAGGGAUUCCCUGGGCAAUGGUGAAUCUGAAAAGUGGUGUAGGGCGAAACUGGGGCUGGGCAUCUGCAGGUAGCAGCAUUCUGGCUGAAUUUGGUACACUACACAUGGAGUUUGUCCACCUCAGCUACUUGACAGGGGACCUGAUUUACUACAAAAAGGUCAUGCAUAUUCGGAAACUACUUCAGAAAAUGGAUCGUCCAAAUGGUCUUUAUCCAAAUUAUUUGAACCCAAGAACUGGGCGCUGGGGUCAAUAUCACACAUCAGUUGGUGGUCUGGGAGACAGUUUUUAUGAAUACUUACUGAAAGCGUGGUUGAUGUCAGAUAAAACAGACCAUGAGGCAAGAAGGAUGUAUGAUGAUGCAAUUGAGGCGAUAGAAAAACAUCUUAUUAAGAAGUCCCGAGGUGGUCUUGUCUUUAUUGGAGAAUGGAAGAAUGGGCACUUGGAAAAGAAGAUGGGGCAUUUGGCCUGUUUCGCUGGGGGAAUGUUUGCACUAGGAGCAGAUGGUUCCAGAAAGGAUAAAGCUGGUCAUUAUUUAGAGCUAGGGGCAGAGAUUGCGCGAACAUGUCACGAGUCAUAUGACAGGACUGCAUUAAAACUAGGUCCUGAGUCAUUUAAGUUUGAUGGUGCAGUGGAAGCCGUGGCUGUCCGGCAGGCUGAAAAGUAUUACAUCCUCCGUCCAGAAGUAAUUGAAACCUAUUGGUACCUGUGGCGAUUCACUCAUGAUCCCAGAUACAGGCAGUGGGGCUGGGAAGCAGCACUGGCCAUUGAAAAGUAUUGCCGAGUCAGUGGUGGGUUUUCUGGGGUCAAAGAUGUAUAUUCCUCUACUCCUACACAUGAUGAUGUACAGCAAAGCUUCUUUCUUGCUGAAACGUUAAAGUACUUGUAUCUGCUGUUUUCUGGUGAUGACCUUUUACCUUUAGACCACUGGGUGUUCAAUACAGAGGCUCACCCUCUGCCUGUGUUACAUUUAGCCAACACCACACUUUCAGGUACUGCUGUUCGAUGAAAGCAGCUCCAGAAGGACCAUUCUUACCUGUGUUUUGUUUACAUGGACUACUACAGAAACAAGUAGGGAGAGGCGUCUUUUGAAAGCCUGGACCUCUGAGUCAACGUGACAGGGUGAAACUCUUCCCUGCAAGACUUUUCAACAUGUAGAUACACCAACUUUGAAAUUAUUCCAUUUUCUACCUGACCAAAACAUGUUCUGGUACGUAUAGGUCGGAGACCUGAUGUACUUUGAUUCGUAAUGAGGUGGUCACUUGAGAAACAACGCACAUCACUUCUGUAUUGUUAGCGCAAGCCAAGAGCAUAGAGCGCCUUGCAGGAGUUAGAGAUGGCCUUUGGAACCAAUUAUAUAUUUGUGUCCUCCCACAGUGGAGCAGCUUUCAAAUCAAAUAUUUACACACGUUUAUCCCUUUUUUUCUCCAUUUUAUUAAUGGAAUAAACUAAAAUAAACAAGAACAAAAGAACAUUGUAACUACAUCAGUAUACAAGAGGACUCAAAACAGAAACAGAAGUACUGAACCUUGUCUGAAUUUCCAUGUUCCCCAUUGGAUGACUAGACUGGCAACCAUUUCAGUCCCAAUCGAUUUCAUUGAAAUUUCUAAGUUAAAUUUAAUUCACUGGGGGCAUGAUCUCACAAAGAAUACUCUUGAAGUCUUUCUCUCCAUGAGGUACCAUUGAAAUUGCUAUUUAUCAUCUUUGGAGCCUGGGUUUGGGGUUUUGUGCAUGUAGUUCAGUCUGGUGUAGGUAGCAUGACAAAAAGUGGGAAAAAUGCCAUUUUGUUGCCUUGAAACUUGUUCUUAGUGAAAUCCUUGGUUUUGUUGGUAAGCGAUUAUUUUUCCAAGCCAACAACUCUACCAAGUACAAUUAUCCACUUUAAUUUCAUUGAAGAGUUAAGAGUCACUCAACUUACAACUUUGUGACUUGACAAAAUUCCCUCUUCUACUAUGCAGCUUUGAAUUUGCCACCAUAAGCUGAAUUACUUUGACAACUUAUUAAAGCAAAAGCAAAACACAGUGAAACUUCCUUAAGCUUUCUGUCUGGGGUGGGGAUGGGAUCCUUUAUUUAUCUUACAGAUGAAUGAGCUAUUCACAAGUAUAUUUUUUAGUUUAUCCAAGAAUAUUUAUAGAAAUGCAAAGAAUCAGCUUCAAAAUAAUUUUCAGUGAUAACUAAUUAAUUACACUAAAAAUGGAAUUUAUCUAAAGGACUUUCUCUUAACCCUCAAUACAUUUUGCAUUGAUACUGCUUUUCAAAGAUACUGCUAUUUAUCAUUUUAGCAGAAAGAACUUAAAUUUUAUCAAGAACUAGAAUGAAUACUAAGGCUUAUAAAUUUUCUGUUCCUUGAAUUUCUAUGACAGUGAAAGACCCUUUUUCCUCUUUUCAUUUAAUACAGACCUCUUCCAUUGACAUUAAUAAGAGUUGGAAACAGUAUACUUUAAUAUUUACUCUAAAUUUGAAUAUUUUAUGAAAGAAAUUUGUACAAGAAGCUCACUUUGGAAUCCUAGAGGCUUGUUUCUUCUUAUGGGAGUUUUUCCAUUUAAUCCUCAGCAUGUAGUAGAUUUAAAUUGGGAAAGAACUUAACAAAUUAAACAUUUUCUCAGGGUGAUCAUCUUACACUAGCAGUCAUCAUACAGUCUUCACAGUUCACCCCGUGAUCCAUAAAUGAUAGCCACUCCAGAAUUAUUCAUUGGACACAAAAUAAGGAUGCUAAGCCGGUUAUAUCUUUAAGAGGGUUAAGUUUUAGCACCUAUUUUGAAAUUGUGAGGUCUUUUGCUACUUGAAAAUUUUAAAUUUUGAAAAUGGUAGGUGACUGUAGAAGAGGAAGGGGAAAGUAUUUGAUUCCGAGAAAAAUUUAGCCUGGCUUCUAAGAAUAGCGCAAGUCCACUUAUGAGUCACUGAAAAAAGAUCAGUAAAAAACUUGAGUUGGCGGAUAACCUAGAACAGCUGUGCAGAUGGCAGAUUCUCACCUUGCUUAGGAGAGUGCAGAGUACAGGUGCCAUCUUGGCUCAUCUUUCCUCACAGAGGAGAUAGAACCCCCCCAAGUGUUCUGUGUUACCGCGUGACUGCACCUUAUGAAAGGGCAGGGAAGUGUAAAAGCUUGGCCAUUUCUGGUACAGAGAAGGAUUUGAGAAGGACUAUGGAAGGGUCUUCUAUCUACUGUGUGACGGUAGGACUAGAGCUUGUAACAAUGCUUUUUCUUCUCUGAAUACCAAAGGCAGUGAAAGUCAGAUACAAAUAACUUGCCAUUGUCAUGUUUUAUUUUUGUUACAGAUUGUUAAAAUAAAUUCCUCCAAGAUCAGUCUUCACCCAUACUUUGUGUAGUUUCAAAAGUAUCUUCAUGUCCUUCACAGCCUUUUGCAUUUUUAGACCUUAUUAUUCAGGUUCAGUAUUUUUAAAAUUUAUGUAAAAGACCCUCUGUGAAAAAGUGCAGGAAUGCUCUUCUCUAGGUGACUCCUCAAAGAGCUGACACCUCUCACCUUUUACAUGUGGCACAGUUAUGCGGAAUAGUUUAAUCACUUGAUACAUAAAAGAAAAAAAUAAGAAUGUUGCACACCCCCGCACUACCUUGUACCUUUAUUUGACCUUAUUUUAGAGUCACGUUUUUUGGUUCAAAUCAUUUUUACUUAAUUCAACCAGAAUGAAAUUCAACCAGUGUGAAGUUGUUAAAAACCAAGUGAGUAGGCCUAUAAUCAAAAAGAAGUUCCAGUGCAGAGAAAUAAGUCCCCAGUCAGAGGGUUCUUACUUUUUGGUAGCUUGUACAGCUUAAUGUCUCCCUAACACCAUCCUAUUCCUAUCUGAGCAGUUGUUUAUAUGGAGAAGUAAAAACUGAUACUGAAAGAAUUCAUUUUUAUGGGAUAUUAACCUUGCUUUUCUAUUAUGUCAUCUAGGGCAACCCAGGGCUUUACUUGGUAGAUGUUAACGAAGCCGUUUGAAAUUUUGAUCAUCAACCUCUCACAUUCUCCACUCUUACCUUGCCAAAGUCUUUGUCAUGACUCCAAAUUUGUUGAUAUCAGAUUGUGCUUGCCAUUCUUAAAAUAUAACGUAGUUUCUCCUUAAGCUUGAAUUUCUUUAAAUGAAUGCAUGAGUAAACGACAGAAUGGCUGAACACACAUUUGUGGAGUACCGAGUAAGUGCCAAGCAUUGUGCCUGGUACCUUCAAGCAUUAGAAUAUUUUAUGUAAUUCCAAUGACAUUUUCUGUGUGAGAGUAAUUCAUACCAUUAUAAAUGUUUUCCAGUGUGAAUCAUAUUACAAAAUCGUUAAUUUUAUAUAUCACUUAAAUUAAUGAGGAAAAAGUUUAUAAUAUAUUUUAAACAAAGUGUUACUAUAUAAUACAACUGUAAUUGUAGUUAAUAACUAAAAUAUCUGGAAAAGAUAAAAAAUAUUUGACUGAUGCAACUUUGACUAAAAUAUUUACUUUAGAAAUAAAAACAUUCUUAUUUUGGUAUAUCGCUUUAUGUAUAAUUAAAAUCAAUAUUUUAUAGAAAGGCUGGUUAUUUUAUGCUCAAAAAGCUUUUGUCAAUUCAUGGGUAAAACCUGCAGUUAUAAAUCUCUUUGUUUUGGUAUACUUCCUACUAAUGGUGGUACCCAUAUUUCUUAAAUAGAAAGAAAAACUAAAAUAUUUCUUAGUUCCUGGUAAUUUCUUUAGGUUUCCUUAACCUCAAAUUGGCUAGCCCUUGUCCUGUCCACCCUUUAUAUAGAUAUAUACAUAAGUACGAUAUACAAACUUACAGAACUGUCAGUUCACAAACACAGUAACUGGUUUUGAACCACACGGACUAUGUGCAAAAUAUUUAAGUAACUGCAUAUGAUAUGGAUAUAUUUUAAUCCACUUAUUUUGGUUCAAAAACAUUGAUGAAGAUGAUUUUCUGUUACUUUAGCUCAUUUAUAUUACGAUGGAGAUGUUCAUUUUGGUCUGUAUGCAGUCAGCAAGCUUUUUCUCUAAAGGACCAGAUAAUAUUUUAGACUAUGUGAGCCAUGCAGUUCCUCUUAUUACUCAUUUCUGCUGUUGAAGUAUGAAAGCAGCUGUAGGUAACAAAUGAAUGCGUAUAGUGGUGUUCCAGUAAAACUCUAUUUGCAAAAGCAGGUGGGGGGCUGGAGAUGGCCCACAGAUCAUAGUUGCUGACAUGACUCCACAUUUAAUUUGUAUAAGGCCCUUUAGUCUGCACCAUUUUUAUGUGUCUUAAUUUACAAAUUUAUUGUCAAAGCAAAAAACGUAUAUGUUAAGUUGUGUGUAUUUGUGUUACCGAAAGCUAUGUGUUUUGUUGUCUAGAAAAUACAUGUAUUUCUGUGGACUCUGUUUGGAUUUCAGAAUAAUAUGACUUAUUAUGAAAGGGGCAAAAUUGAAUGGAUAUGCUGUCAGACAUUCUCUUCACCAUGUUAUUCAAUGCUGUAACUCUGGAUUUUCUGUGGAAAAAAGGUCUUGCAUCAAAAUACUGUUUUGUCUCCCAAUUCUGUCUACUCACUGACCCUUGGAUUGGGACUCUGGAUUGCUUGAGCUGUAGAAAUUUAUCCAUUUUGGUACCAUUUGAGCUCUAAGACAAGAAUAUCAUAGAAUUUCUGGUCUUGGUGCUGUCGAAAACAAUCUUGAAAAAUUCUAGGUGACAGCACAUGUGUUAUGUGCUUCAUUUGCCAUUUGGCAGCCAUCAUCAGACUGCUGAAGGUUAAGCCCCUGUUAGCUCUGGAAUGGCCUGAUUCUGAGGAGCACAGAAAAAAAAAAAAAAGGCUUAUGGAA